AUGACUAUCAUCACUCUCUCCCUCCCUUCCACAAACCCCUCCUUCUUCUCUUCUUCUCCAAAACCAUUCAAAUUCAAUCCCAAAUGCUCUUCACAACUUUCUCCCACUCCCUCUUCACUAUCCAAAACUAGUCGAGUCAUUAUAAUAGGCGCCGGCCUCGCCGGCUUAGCUGCUGCCACCCACCUCAACUCCCAAAACAUCCCUUUCCUCCUCCUCGAAUCAUCCGACGCUGUCGGUGGCCGUGUCCGCACCGACAUUGUCGACGGCUUCCGCCUGGACCGCGGCUUCCAAAUCUUCAUCACCGCUUAUCCAGAAGCCCAAAAACUCCUCAAUUACCAAUCCUUAAACCUCCAAAAAUUUUACUCCGGAGCUAAAAUCUUCUACGACGGCAAAUUCCACACCGUGGCAGAUCCACUUCGCCACUUCUUGGAUUCCGCAAAAUCACUCACGAAUCCCAUCGGUUCCAUUUUUGACAAAUUACUGAUCGGAACAACCAGAAUUGGCGUCCUCACAAAAUCAGAUGAACAAAUUCUUACUUCAGAAGAAGUCCCCACAAUUGAGUUACUAAAGAGGCUAGGGUUUUCCGAUUCCAUCGUUACAAGAUUCUUCCGACCUUUUUUCGGCGGAAUCUUUUUCGAUCCAGAACUCCAAACAACUUCAAGACUAUUCGAUUUCAUAUUCAAGUGUCUCGCACUCGGCGAAAAUACUCUCCCGGCGAACGGCAUAUCGGCGAUUCCUGAACAGUUAGCGGCAAGGUUGCCGACAGAUUCAAUCUUGUUAAACACGAAAGCAGUUUCCAUUGAUUUUGGUGGCUCCGAAUCGCCGCGUGUGAGGUUGCAGAACGGCGACGUUUUGGACAGCGAGUUAGGAGUGAUCGUGGCCGUUGAAGAACCGGCUUUGGUCAAGCUAUUGGCGGGGAGAAAAAACCCGGUUCUUAAAAAACCGGUUCGUAGUACAGUUUGUUUAUAUUUUACUGCAGAACCGGAUUAUAUCCCUCUUCAUGAUCCAGUUCUGUUUCUGAACGGGUCGGGUAAGGGAAUUGUGAAUAACAUGUUCUUUGUUACAAAUGUAGCUCCGACAUAUGGUCCACCAAACAAGGCAUUGGUUUCUGUAUCAUUGAUUGGGUUAUUUGAGAAUGAAUCGGAGGAUGAGUUAGUGGAUAAAGUGGUUCAAGAACUUUCGGAUUGGUUUGGAGAUAGAAUGGUACAAGAAUGGAAGCAUUUGAGGACUUAUCGAAUUGAGUAUGCACAGCCUAAUCAAUGUCCACCCACGAGUUUGAAGAAAAACCCGAAUGUUGAAUCGGGUUUGUAUUUGUGUGGUGAUUAUUUGACUUCAGCUACUUUUGAUGGUGCUUUGGUAUCUGGGAGGAGAGCAGCUGAAUCACUCUUAAAGGAUAAACGCUUCAUUGGCUAA